CUGGUUCGCGCUGACAUAAGGGUGAUCACAACAAACGCGAGCUGGCUCCUCUCUCUCAGGUCAAGAGACUUGAGAAAUGAAAACAAACAAAAUAUUUCCUCGCACAUGAGUUAUAUAAACUACCGUAGCUCUAUAGUGUAUUAAAGUCAAAAAUAUACAAUAAACAAUCUAAGAAUGUCGUUUCGGAACACCCGAUUAGUAUCUUCGUUUGGUCGGCGAAAUUUGGAAGCUUUGAAGGCGAAACAAAGUUCACUGCAAAGCCGGCUCGAUGCAAUCACAUUCCCCGAGAAAUAUAAAGGAACCAUUUGGGAGAAAUGGGCAAUAUAUUGGAAAAACUUGAUCAUCGAUUAUAAGGAAAUGAUUAAAGACACUGCAAAAACCAUGCGGGAUAGACCCGUUCGAAGCGGAAUUUAUUUAACCUUGCUGGGAUCCAGCUACUACUGUUGCGUAAACAAUCCUUCCGAAACAGAUUUUGUGGAACGUUUCCGGCAGUACAGAAACGAUUUGUCAAUGGUACACCCCAGUUGCCAGAACCAGGAAACUGCAAACCAUAUUCUAUUCCUGCAGCGCUGCUACAAUGAAGGAAUCGUGCGGCGGAUAUCGAUUGGGGUUGUAUCAUUUAUCUGGUUGGAUAACUACGAUCGUGGGGUUGCGAUUUACAAGGCAAUUUGUCCGUACCUGAAACCACGCUUUGUGACCUUCCACGAACGAGUAAUUGACGUGGGAUUCAACAAUGAAUGGUUGAUUUUGAAUAAGAAGAUGGUAGAUUAUGAUAUUAACAAAGAGAAUCUUUAAUACAAUUAUAAGAUUAAAGAAUUUGA